AUGGAGUUGUCAUCGCUCCAAACUCUCCAGGCGCUCUCCGAUUUGCUCUCACAGCCCUGCGAUGAAGAAAGCGACGCAGAAGACUGCAAGAAUGUAAAUCCGAUGGCAAAAAUGGGUCCUGGACACAUUGGUGCUCCUCCUUCUAGGCAAGACAAGAAUGCAGGUGAGCUCAGUAGUGCCAGUGUGAAGGACAUCAACGAUAUCUGGAAUGUGGAGGAGGUGACUGAAGGGACACACUUUGAUGACCUUGCAGAUUCACGUCCUCAGCCUGAGUAUGAGAUUAUCCUGAAGCAGAGUGUGGGUACUGAGGACUUGUUUCUGGGCAUGAGCCAAAAGGAUCCAUCCUCCAUGUGCUGUGAGAACAUGCUGGUGAAGGUGAAGCUGCCGGAAACUCAGGCUUCUGAUAUUGUGCUGGAUGUGAAGGAGAGAUUUGUUGAUCUAAGAACUCCAAAAUACAAGUUAGGCCUGCAUCUCCCUCACUCAGUGCACAGUAGGGAAGGCAUUGCCCAAUUCAUUACAGAGAGAUAUGAAUUAGAAAUCACACUGCCCAUGAACAGACUUCUGGACUCCAUCAACCUCGCCUGA